AUGGCUCCUCUUUCUGCAACAAACAAUGGAAGAACUUCUAAUUCAAGAAGGAGGAAGAUUGAGAUCAAAGAUGUUGAACAGAGAAACAGAAGAUGCGUCACCUUUUCCAAACGCAAAUUAGGGCUUUUCAACAAACUCACUGAACUUUCUCUUCUAUGCAGAGCAGAAACUGCUCUGAUCAUCAUCUCUCAAAACGGAAACGUCUAUUCCUGUGGCUACCCCACCACCGACGCCGUCCUUCGCCGUUACAUCACCGGAGCGUCAUCGGAACAGUGCAGAGGUGCAAGAAGGAGAGAGCAAGAGGAGUUUCUUGAAAAACAAAGGUUGGAAUAUGAGAGUGUGCAAGAUGAGUUGAAAGAAAAACAGAAGCAAUUGAAAGAGAUGAAAGAGGCACAGAAAAAUAGUUCUUGCUUUGUUUCUUGGUGGAAUCUCUCCACUGACAACAUGGGUAUGGAGGAUCUUGAACAGUUCAAGAUCUCUUUGGAGAGUUUGAAGCUUAACCUCAUCACAGUGUUGCAAGAGAAGAAGCUUCAUUGA